AUGUCAAGUCAUUCAUCAAAGACUGGAAAUGAGGAGUUUUUUUUAAGUUCUCAGCAAAACCUUUCACUGUCAAUGCAGGAAUCUCUGAAACCAGUUCUUCCAGAAUUACCAUCGCAAUGCAUUGAACAAAUUACAUCAUUCAUCCAUCCAUCCCACGUACCUGUACAUUUCAGAGGUACAAUACCAGUUCUGGUUGAAGAAGCAGCUAUGUAUGUGCUAUCACCUGCCAGAGCUGGACAGCUCUAUGAUGAAGGAGCUGAGGCUGUGCUGAGUGAUUGUCUGGAUAAGCUAAAACUGAAUACAAGUGUUGUUUUUUAUAUUGUUUCAGGAAAAACUCUCUUAGCUCAAACCAUUGCCCGCUGUCUGGAUGUUCCAUUUGCAAUUUGUGACUGUACCACUUUAACACAGGCAGGAUAUGUGGGCGAGGACAUUGAGUCAGUCAUAGCUAAGCUUUUGCAAGACGCCAAUUAUAACAUAGACCGUGCACAGCAAGGGAUUGUAUUCCUGGAUGAAGUGGACAAAAUUGGUGCAGUGCCUGGGAUCCACCAGCUCCGAGAUGUUGGCGGAGAGGGUGUACAACAAGGUAUGUUGAAAAUGCUAGAAGGAACUCUAGUCAACGUCCCAGAAAGAAACAGUCGUAAACUAAGAGGAGAGACAGUAGCAGUAGAUACAACAAAUAUUCUUUUUGUUGCUUCAGGAGCAUUCAACGGAUUAGACAGACUAGUUAGUAGAAGGAAAAAUGAAAAGUACCUUGGUUUUGGUGCACCAGUGUCUGAAUCUCCUGGUCGAAGAGCAGCUUCUGCAGCUGACUUGGCAAAUCUUACAGCACACAGUACUGCUGCUGACGACAAUGCAGAGAAAGAUGCAAUGCUUCGAUGUGUGGAAGCAAGAGAUUUAAUUGAGUUUGGCAUGAUUCCAGAAUUUGUUGGUCGAUUUCCUGUUCUGGUUCCUUUCCACAGUCUCGAUGAGGAUAUGUUAAUGCAGAUCCUAACUGAACCUCAUAAUGCUCUGGUACCACAGUUUCAGAUGCUCUUGAGCAUGGAUAAGGUUGAGCUGAUGUUUACGCAAGGUGCCUUACGAGGAAUAGCACAGCAAGCUAUGGAGAAAAAGACGGGUGCAAGAGGAUUACGUGCCAUCAUGGAAAGUCUGCUUUUGGAACCAAUGUUUGAAAUACCAGGCUCAGACAUUACUAGUGUGAAAAUAACCGAAGAUGUAGUGUCUAACAAAUGUCCUCCUAUAUAUGUACGUGGCUGUCCCACAGAGCACGAGGAGGAUGACAACCAAGAACGGGCUGUAAACACGUGAUCGGUAUCUGUAAAAUGCAACUUUAAUCUACAUGAUUAAGCAAUCUUGCGUAUUGGUCGGCCGUAAGUUCUCUUUUACCCAUCAGAGGUCUCUGUAAAUACUAUAAAGUUGAAACAAGUUUCAGCCAAAAACAAAAUGCAGGAAUGUUAAUACAUUUGUUUAUCUAUAGGCAUCAGAAUAGUUUAUGUGAGACUACAUGGACGAAUAAAAUUAAGUGGCACUGUUUAACAAAUGUUGUGAAAUUUGUUUGGGCUACUGCAGUGUUAUAUCCUCUUUUAUGGCUUUUCUCUUUGUUUUUUACUUUAUGCCCAUAAACAGUUGUCUUAAUUGCAGAAAACUGUGACCUAAUUUCACAAUAGACUUAAAAUAGUACUCUUUUGAAAUACAAAACUUACAGAAACUUUGAAGAGGCUGCAUUUGUUUUAGGGGAACAUCCUAAAAUUUCAGUUUGAUUGUGAAUUUAUAACACACACAUUAUAAAUAAAGAUUGCCACUUCCAGUUUACACAACAUUCAAACUUAAAACACAUAUGUAUAUAAGAUAACCCAGGUUUCUGAACUACUACAGAAGGAAGGAAGGUCAAAAGUACCAAACCCUGUAACUGGUCAUAGAGGGUUGAAUCAGUUUCACAUCGUGUAAAACAUACAAAUUAUUUUUUAGUGUCCUAAGUCAUUGUAUGUAGGAAUAUAUAGGUUUAAAGUUUUAGUUACUAAUUUUUUCUCAAAGAACUUCGUGAAUAGAAUCAGUUUAAAAAUAUCUAAAAGAUUUCUGUGCAUAUUUAUGGGUUGUAUUAGGAUUUAAUGCAUCAUAUUAUUUUGACUCCUAUGUUAUGGAUGUAUAAAUGUAUGGUCGUCAUGUUUGUUUUUCAAAUAAAGUCUUGAAAUGCA